AUGCCGCAGUACGACCACAUCGGCGCCAAGUACGACCAGGCCAGCGAGCAGUUCUACAAGCUCCUCGAGGGCAAGCUCAUGCAAAACGCCCUCGGCCCCGAGCUCGCCAAGCGCCCGCCGGGCCUCAAGCUGCUCGAGUUCGCCUCGGGCACCGGCUUCUACACCUCGCGCGUGCUCUCCUGGACCGACGGCUCGCCCGCCACCACCAUCACCUCGAUGGACAUUUCCCAGGCCAUGGUCGACGUCAACCGCGCGCACAACGCCGACGCCGUGUCCGCGGGCCGCCUGCGCCUCCUCACCGCCGACGGCGCGCAGCCCACCUCGUACGCGCCCGACGGCGUCACCGCGAGUUACUUUGACGGCGCGUUUGGCGGCUGGUUCCUCAACUACGCCGAGAGCCGCGCGGGCCUGCGCGCCAUGUUUGACAACAUCGCGCUCAACAUCAAGCCGGGCGGCUUCUUCGUGGGCGUGGUGCCGUACCCGACGGAGGACCUGGCGGCGAGGGGCAGGGCGUGCAAGGAGCCGCCGCUGAGCGACAUUUACCCGUACCUGGAUUUCACGAGGGAGCUGGCCGACGGCUCCGGGUGGUACUUUACGUGCCAUGUGGACGAGACGCUCAGCUUUGAGACGGCGCACCACAGGAGGUCGGUGAUGGAGGAGACGGCACGGGAGGCGGGCUUCACGGAGAUUGAGUGGUCAGAGGCCAAUCUGCCGAGGGAGGAGUUUGUGCCCGAGGGGGCGACGGUGACGAAGGAUAUGUCGCCAGAGGUGUACCAGGCGUACAAGGAUGUUGGCAUUCUGGCCGUCAUCAAGAUUUUCAAGAAAUAG